AAAGUUGUACCAUAACAAUAAAUGUAUAAGUUUAUGUUGUACCAUAAAGGAGUUUGUACCAUUAUGUUAUGGUACAACUUUACGACUUGAAGUUGUACCAUCACAUAAAGGUACAAGUUCAAAUUGUACCAUAAAAGAAUUUGUACAAAAAGUAUAGGUACAAUCUGAAGUUGUACCAUAACGUUAAAGGUACAAUUUCUAGUUAUACCAUAAAAGCAAAAACCUAUAGCACCAAUGUUAUAUGGCAUUGUAAAAUUCCUCGUAUGAAUAUACUAUAAUGAAAAAUGGUUGUAUACAUGAUAAUAUGAGAUACUAAUUUACCAUUUCUCAGCACUGUCUACCACCAGUUACAACCCUAUAUACCAUGGUGGGAAACACCCACACUUGGGGGGGGGGGGGGGGGCAGACCCUGCACAAACAAGCGCCUAGUGGGCUUCGGGAUGCCUGUUAGCACUCCAACGCUCAAGUCAAUGCAGCUUUUAGAGAGAUAUGUACUUACAGAGAUUUUAGUGAGAGAAGCCAACUUGCGUAAAUGGUACCUACCGAGUACUAUUUAGUAUUUAUACUCGUCGAGGUCCCAACCAGGCUCCUAGAAUUCAGCUCCACGUCAGCGCGUCAUUAAAUGCUUGGUACGGCCCAAUGGUCAGACGCCUACACGUGGCAGCUCCUGGACCCCUAUGCCUAGGCGCUUGGCAGGGACCACGCUACCAGGUGGCACCCUCUCAGCCUCCUAGUCCCAAAGUUGCACGAUCCAUGUAUCCACUUUUGUCGUUAUGCGCCCGCCCCUCCUUAUAUGGGCCCAACUCUUGGUUUAUACCUAACUCCUCAUGCUCUCCAAUGGGCUUGGGCCUAACCAAGCCCCAUGGGCCCAUGUCCCCCAAUGGUUCACUUAUGCUUACCCAACAGUGCUAUAUUUGAUCCUGAAAUUAUUUUCCCAUAAAUUUGUAGAUCCAACAGGUCACGAUGAACUCGUUUCUUCUGGGCAAAAAAUUCAACAUUUGAGCGAAAAAGGGAGUUUGUACGUAGUGGUACAAGAGUGGUAACAAGUGGUAUGUGUGGUACGGAAAUUUAUUUUCUCGAAAUAUAUUGAAAACUAUUAUCGUUUUGUAGAUCAUAACGAAGGCAUUCUAUAUGUGCACAGAAUCUUGAAAUCCAAAUUUAAAUAAGAAGAUCAAACUUAAUUGAAAAAAGUAGGAAAAAAAAAAUCUCACAUCCUAUAUCUAUUUCCAUUUAAAAUUAAGAGGCCAUAUUUGGUUAUGCACAAGUGCAUACCAGGUGUUAAUGAUCCUAUCCUAAGGCCCCGUUUAGUAUCAUUUUGUUGCUGUUGUGGUUGCAGUGGUGUUUUGUAAGCAGAUGUACAACUACAACAGGAAAAAAACAGAAAACACAAACCUGUUUAGUUGAUAAAUCUGAAAAAUCAUGAAAGCUGACAACAAGAAACAAAAACGCGUUUAGUUACUACUAUAAGAACUAAAAACCAGAAAAAGAAAUAUGUCCGCAAUCGAAAUUAACAUAAUACAUUUAAUAAACCACAAAACAAAGAACAUAGCAAUCAAUCGAAAUUCACAAAGAACAUAGCAAUCAAUCCAAAUUCACAAAUAACUAGUCUAGCAAUCACUACAUACAUACCAUAAUUCAAGAACAUAUUAAGAAGCAACAAUAUUAACAUAAUACAUUUAAUAAAUGGUUUGUUUUACCUGGUGCGGGGAGAUGAUCGGUGGCCGGCGGAGGCGCGCGGCUGGCGGCGCUGAGCUGGGAGGAGGCGCGCGGCUGGGCUGGGCGGAGGCGAGCGGCUGGCUGCGCGGGCCGGAGGCGGAGGCGCCGCUGGCCGGAGUCGGACGUUCUUGCGGAGAAGAAGAAGCUUGGGCGGCUGAUGAGUCUCGACAAAGAAGAUGGAAAAUGGUAAAAGGGCGGCUGAAGUAGGGUUUUGGGAGGGGGCGGAUAUGUAAAAAAAAAAAAAAAUUUGCUUCUGUGGGGAUUCGAAAACUGGUCUCUUUUAAUGAAAUCAAGCGCACAACCAGUAGGAAUCCCGUGUGCAACAUGUUUAAGAAUCAGAUCCAAAGCUAUAAAUUGUUGUUUCUCAUAUUUGGGCCUUGUUGUGCAACUCUGAUUCACAACAAAAAAUAAAAACCCAACUAAACACGAUUUUUUUUCUUGGUUUUCCAAAUUUCGUAAAACACAACAGGAAACAAAAACAAGCAACAAUACUAAACGGGGCCUAAGCUCAGCAACUAUCAAUAACGUGAAAUAUUUGCA